AUCAUUCUUGAGAUUCCCUUAGGUGUCUUUACUUGGUUCCCUCUCCCCGCACCGUGUACCCCACCCGGGGAGUGGACGGACCUGUUUCGAAAGACACCUGGCGGAAGUAGCCGAGGGGGCGGGCCAGCGGCGGCAGGAAUGGCAGCUCCGGAGCUGUUGCUGCCGGCCGGCGCCUCGGACAUGGACGAGGACGAGAAUGCCCUGGGGAGCGGCCCUGGGCUGCAGGAGCCACUGCAGCUGGGAGAGCUGGACAUCACAUCUGAUGAAUUCAUCCUAGAUGAAGUAGAUGUUCACAUUCAGGCAAAUCUAGAAGAUGAUUUGGUAAAGGAGGCUCUUAAAACGGGUGUGGAUCUCCGUCAUUAUUCAAAGCAGGUGGAACUGGAGCUACAGCAGAUAGAACAGAAAUCUAUUCGAGAUUAUAUCCAGGAAAGUGAGAACAUUGCAUCACUGCACAACCAGAUCACAGCCUGUGAUGCUGUCCUUGAGCGAAUGGAACAGAUGCUGGGUGCUUUCCAGAGUGACCUCAGCUCCAUUAGCUCCGAGAUCCGGACACUGCAGGAACAAUCUGGAGCCAUGAAUGUUCGGCUCCGGAACCGCCAGGCUGUGCGUGGCAGACUCGGGGAGCUUGUGGAUGGAUUGGUUGUACCUUCUGCCCUGGUCACGGCAAUCUUAGAAGCACCAGUGACAGAUCCUCGGUUCCUGGAACAGCUGCAAGAGCUGGAUGCCAAGGCAGCUGCUGUCAGAGAGCAAGAAGCUCGAGGGACAGCAGCCUGUGCAGAUGUCAGGGGUGUGCUGGAUCGGCUUAGGGUCAAGGCUGUGGCUAAGAUCCGAGAGUUCGUCCUGCAGAAGAUUUAUUCAUUUAGAAAACCGAUGACCAACUAUCAGAUCCCACAGACUGCCUUGCUCAAAUACAGGUUUUUCUAUCAGUUUUUGCUGGGAAAUGAACGAGCAACAGCAAGAGAGAUCAGGGACGAGUACGUGGAGACGCUGGGCAAGGUUUAUCUGUCCUACUCACGCUCCUACCUGGGGAGGCUCAUGAAGGUUCAGUACGAGGAGGUGGCUGAGAAAGAUGAUCUGAUGGGUGUGGAAGACACAGCGAAGAAAGGAUUUUUCUCAAAGCCAUCUCUCCGAAGUAGAAACACAAUCUUCACCUUGGGGACUCGUGGUUCUGUCAUCUCUCCUACUGAGCUUGAGGCUCCCAUCCUGGUGCCCCAUACAGCUCAACGCGGGGAGCAGAGGUAUCCCUUUGAAGCACUGUUCCGGAGCCAGCACUACGCCCUCCUAGACAAUUCCUGCCGUGAGUAUCUCUUCAUCUGUGAUUUCUUCGCUGUCUCUGGCCCUGCAGCCCAUGAUCUUUUCCAUGCUGUGAUGGGGCGGACUCUCAACAUGACUCUGAAACAUCUGGAGUCCUAUUUGGCCGAUUGCUAUGAUGCCAUUGCUGUUUUUCUGUGCAUCCACAUUGUCCUCCGAUUUCGAAACAUUGCUGCUAAGAGGGAUGUCCCUGCCCUGGACAGGUACUGGGAACAGGUCCUGGCUCUGCUGUGGCCUCGGUUCGAGCUGAUUCUGGAAAUGAAUGUACAGAGUGUCCGAAGCACUGACCCCCAGCGACUCGGAGGGCUGGACACACGGCCCCAUUAUAUCACCCGUCGUUAUGCAGAGUUCUCUUCAGCUCUUGUCAGUAUCAACCAGACAAUUCCCAAUGAGCGAACGAUGCAGCUAUUGGGACAGCUACAGGUGGAGGUGGAAAAUUUUGUUCUCCGAGUGGCAGCUGAGUUCUCCUCACGGAAAGAGCAGCUUGUGUUUUUGAUCAACAACUAUGACAUGAUGCUGGGUGUGCUCAUGGAACGUGCAGCAGAUGACAGCAAAGAAGUUGAGAGUUUCCAGCAGCUGCUUAAUGCCCGAACACAGGAAUUCAUUGAAGAGCUUCUGUCCCCACCUUUUGGAGGCCUGGUAGCAUUUGUGAAAGAGGCUGAAGGUCUGAUUGAGCGGGGACAGGCAGAGCGGCUUCGAGGGGAAGAAGCCCGGGUGACUCAGCUGAUCCGUGGUUUUGGCAGCUCUUGGAAAUCUUCAGUUGAAUCACUAAGUCAAGAUGUCAUGAGGAGCUUCACUAACUUCCGAAAUGGGACCAGCAUUAUCCAGGAAACACCCGCCCUUCCACCACCCCUAAGACGCCACUCCACUCUGAAAACAGCCCUCUGAUUGGCUUGGAAGACUUCCCGUUCUCUUACUCCUCCCAUCACAGCUUCUGGUAACUGAUGGGGAACAGUCCCUGUGAAGCUCGAGUUUGGGACUUCUGAUUGGUCUGAGAGCUGGGGGGGGGGCGGGGUAACAGUUUUUUUUUUUGGAGGGGCUUCCCGCCCUAACUCUAGGCUCUCCAACCGCACUCUACCCAGUUGCUUAAGUCUGCACAGUUCCCUUUCCUACUCUUCCUAUGUCCUAAUUACUUUUGCUCUCCUAUUGGAUGUUGGGAAGAAGGGAGGGGGGGGGGCUUGCAGGUUCCCUAGGGUCAUGGAUGGGGCUUUUGUUUUUUGUAGCUCCAGGGAAUGUGAUGGGGUUCCGGGAACCCUGGGUCAGCACCUAUGCAGAAUCAUAUUUGUGGCACAUGAGCCCCCAGGAGCUAAGGUGCUGGACCUGGACUCUAAGACCUGAGUUCAAAUCCAACCACAUACGCUUACUAGCUGUUAUGGGCCCAGAGCACCCCACAAGUUCUCUGGGGUACAUCAAGGAAGUUUCUCCUUGAGAAAGUAAACCAAAGGACAGACACACCUAAAGAGAUAAGUGGAACCAGAUCGCAGCAGAGCUAGCUCCAGGACCACCACCCUUCAUUCUAGUUUUCCUCACCCCUGGAGAGAGAAGAUUACGUGUGGCUGUUGCCUUUGUGUCCCGAGGAGAGAGAUGACUUGAGAGAUCUACAGCCACCCCUCACCCAACUCCUCCAUGGUCCUCCCUCAAUAAGGGAACUUUCCACAGUCAGACGAUCACCCAAUCGGACCCCCAUCAGUGCUCUAUAAAAGUACCUGCCUGUCUCCUGCUCAAGGAGAU